ACCGCCCCUUCGCCGCGGGCCUGUACCCCACUUCUGUGGGCAUCAAGAUCUUUCCAAGGAGAGAAGUCAAUUCUACCCCCCCACCCCCCGACUGCACUAGCACUGUGGCCUGGGUUCCAGAAUCCACGGUAGUGACGUCACAGGCUGGAACCCCAGGAGUAGGGGACGUUCCAGGCUCCUGGGCCCACACAACGGAGGGUGGAGCUGAGCCGGCAGGGAGAAGGAGCUGAACCCCAGACUGAGGAGAGGAGGAGCGAGGCAGCUUGGAGAGCCAGAAGGAGAACCUGAGGAAGCCACGCGGAGCAAAGGGAGACUGGGAAGGAGCCGUGUGGACUUCUCGGUCUGCGCUGGCCUGGGUGAGAGACCCGUGGCCAGGUGGGCUAUGGCACCGUUUCUCUUGAGUUGGGUUGCGCCUUUUCCUCCCAAGCGUGUCUGACCCUCUUCUUGACGGGGAGUCCUCAUCCAGCUCUCCAUCUGGCCCUCCCUCCUGCUUCCUUCCUCUUCCUCAGAUUUCCUGUCUUUCUCUCCUCUAGUCUCUGCUGGAACCCGGCACUGCCCCUGGCCCCGGGGACCACCCUGUGGCAGGGGAAGGGAGAACCUCUGCCGAGGCGGCCCUUGAUUCAAGGUCGUGGAGUUGUCUUGAUGGGGCCAUCGGUGUGCGGAACCUAGGUCGAGCCUGCCCUAUAGUAGUACUACCAUCAUGCAAUAUCAUCCAGGUGUACACCAUCCCAGCAAUAGCUUCAUUGAAGUACUCUAGAGAUGAUGCUGGUGAGCCCUGAGCCAUCACUGUGAGGGAAAUGGCGAAGACCGAAAACCAAAGGAAUUCACUAGCAGCAGCCGGUGUCAAGGAGGUAAAGGUGGCGAAGAACAGCCACUGCUAUGGGGAGCACAGUAUCCAUUCCCACCACGUCUCCUCUCAGAGGACAGGUUCCCACUCCCUGAGGAUUUUCUACACUGCGAUGUCACGGCCCGGCUUCGGGGAGCCCCGUGUCACCUCCGUGGGCUACGUGGACGACACGCAGUUCGGGCGGUUCGACAGCGACUCUCUGAGUCGGAGUGUGGAGCCGCGGGCUCCCUGGGCGAAGCAGGUGCAGCAGGAAGAUCUAGACGAGGAGAUGCUGAACCAGAGGCACCUGGCGCAGACUCUCAGAGCGCUGCUGCAGGACCUGCGCGGCCGCUACAACCAGAGCAGGGAUGGGUCUCACACCCUCCAGAGGAUGUGUGGCUGUGACUUGGGACCAGACGGGCGCCUCCUCCACGGGUACGAGCAGUUCGCCUACGAUGGCGCCGAGUACAUCGCCCUGAACCCGGACCUGCGCUCCUGGACUCCCGCGGACCCGGUGGCCCAGAUCACCCAGCGCCAGUGGGAGGCAUCGGCGAGGGCGGAGCGUGUCAGGGACAUUCUGCAGGACAGGUGCCUGAGGUGGCUCCGCAGACUCCUGGAGCUGGGAAAGGCGGUGCUGCAGCGCACAGAUCCCCCAAACACACACAUGACCCACCACCCUACCUCUAACCAUGAGGUCACCCUGAAAUGCUGGGCCCUGGGCUUCUACCCUGCGGAGAUCACCCUGACCUGGCAGCGAGAUGGGGAGAACCUGACCCAGGACAUGGAGCUGGUGGACACCAGGCCUGGAGGUGACGGAACCUUUCAGAAGUGGGCAGCUGUGGUGGUGCCUUCUGGAGAGGAGCAGAGAUACACGUGCCAGGUGCAGCAUGAGGGGCUGCUGGAGCCCCAAGACCUGAGAUGGGAGCCCCCUCCUCAGCCCUCCAUCCCCACCAUGGGCCUCAUUGCUGGCCUGGUUCUCCUUGGAGCUGUGCUCGCUGGGUCUGCGGUGGCUGCAGCUGUGAUGUGGAGGAAGAAGCACUCAGGUGGGAAAGGAGGAAGCUACACUCAGGCUGCAGGCAGCUACAGUGCCGAGGGCUUUGAUGUGCAUCUCAUCCCCUAAAGUGUCCUUCAAAAAAGAAGCAGAUUUAAUAAAAUUA